AGUAGCGCACUCUGUGGAACGUUUGGCUCGGUGCGCGACGGCCGCAGCAUCAGCAGAGCGCGUCGCGAGACACAAUAGGUCGAGGGGAGGCGGCCUCGUGUUGGCAACGACGACGCUGAUUGGUCGAAGCGGCGAGGCACGUGACUUUUGCGCAUCCAGUGCUGCUGGCUCGGCCAUUAGUAGCAUACACAGCCCCCCUGCAACGCGGGGGCCAGGCCUCUCUAUGUGCACCGUGUGUUUGAAAAGUUGGGGAUUGGGGAAGGAUCAAUCGUUGUCUUAUUUAAUACGGAUUGAGACGCUCUAAGCUCCUCUGUAACAGGCUUAAGGCUUGUUUUAUCUGGGGUUUGCUGACUCGCUUUUGCUCGCAUUCAUCGGCAACCCUGAGCUUUCGGGAUUUCUAACUCGGCUGUGCCCAUCAUCAGCUUAGGAGAUAAUAAACCCCGAGCGUGCAUCUCAUGUGGCCAAACAGCCUUGCCAGCGGGCAUUAUUCCAGGUGCAACGCAGACGCAGAUUUGGCGUUCCCAGCGUUCAGCACUUGCGGGUCGACGCCGAAUGCGUCCUCGGGCAUGGCGAGCUACCUCAAAUCUUCAGGGUACUCCGUCAACGGACUGGCCAGCCUCAACAUGUCCACCAUGCACCAUGACCCCUUGCACACGUCCAUGGGCUACCCUGGCCCAGGUUCUUUCUCUCGCUAUCCAGAAGUGUGGGGCCCUGGCAACCCGAGGAAGCAGAGGAGGGAGCGAACGACCUUUACCAGGGCACAACUCGACGUACUCGAAGCUUUGUUCGGCAAAACACGAUAUCCUGAUAUCUUCAUGAGGGAAGAAGUUGCACUGAAAAUCAGCCUGCCUGAGUCAAGAGUUCAGGUGUGGUUUAAAAACCGGCGGGCCAAGUGUCGGCAGCAGCAAAAGCAGCACCAGCAGCAGCAUACAAGCUCGCCAGAGAAAACGACUUCGCGCUCCUCGAAGAGCAAGGCAGGCUCGACCACCAAGUCAUCGAGCGCGAUUCCGCCCCAAAUCGCAACGUCGACGGCGAACGCGGCGAUUGCGGGCGUCACGCCGCCGCCACCACCGAUCGUUUCAAGAGACUCGCCGUACCUGAAGCCUCCGCCGCUGACGCCGCCAUCCGGUGCACCCGUGCCUGCUGGUGGCACCCUUUUGGCCACCGGCGGCUCCAGUUCCUCCUCGUCGUCCGCCUCUUACACCAGCGGUGCCAUCUGGAGUCCGGCGUCCACCGAGCUGGGAUAUGGAGUUCUGUCAGGUCAAGGAGGCGCCAGUACUCCGAAUGGUGGCAGUACUCCGGGCGCCAUGAGCAACCCAGCGGCUGCGGUUGCAGCUGCAGCAGCGGCCGCCUGUUAUUCGUCGCACCAAAAUUACGGAAGCUACUAUGGCAAUAUGGAAUACGCUCUUCCCUCUGUCGGACAUCACCCUUCUCAGAUCAACCCUUCUCAUCACUUUCAGGACUCUACGGCCAGUUUAGAGACGUGGAAGGGCAGAGAACCCGGCACUGAGCCAUGGUAUUAUAAUAACUGGGACCACCGCAAAUGAGAAAAUUUGUAUUUUGUCAAUAAGUGAGUUGGCCAGCAUAUUCUGCCCUUCCUCCCAUCAGUUCAGGAGCAAUUCAUUACCAUGUCUGCAGCAGCGUCUCUACCGAGUCCACACUGGCCGUAUCAUCUUUACAUCUUUGACUGAGAAGAACGCGAAAGGUCUUAACGGAUAAUAUUUACUUUUAAGGCUUUGACACCCUUCUUGCAAAAUGUGUAAAUAAUACACUAUAUGUGGUAAGAUGCGAUAAAUUGUAACAAAAAGCCACACAUAUCUACAGAUUUUGUGUUUUCACAUACCGUCAGUGUUUUUUAUCAAUUAAAAUAAAUCACUCACAAUGCCCUAAGUUAUUUUUAAUUUAGUCCACGAUAAAUAGAACAAGUACAAAACGGACAUGUCACAUUUCAGCUGCCGAACCGACUCUUUCCUUUAAUUUCACCGAGUGAUUAUUUGUGAAAGCAACGUUUACUUGUAAAUUGAACAUUUUUAAAUCUCAGUGUAGUAUAUGCGUAUAUAUGUAAAUAUUUUUUAUUUUAAACGCUUGAUUUGGUCUCAUUUGGAAAUUUUAGACAAGUUCUCGGCAUGGAGCAUUAAAAAAAGCAAAAAGAUAAAUGGGAAAUAAUGGGGAUGAUUGUGAUGAUACCAUAGCAUGUAAACCAUUGUUGCUCUCACAAAUAAUGGCCAUUGGUCCACUUGCGGACCAGCAUUACCCCUUGUGUGCCAUUUCGAAAUUUUUAGUACAAGUAUGACCACUCCUGAUAAGCGUAACGUGAAUGAUUUUAAUUUUAUAAAGUCCCUAUUGAAACAAGAUAUUUUAGGCCGCUCUAAAUUGUUUUGGAUUUUGCAUUUUGGACAACGUGUACAAACCUUUUGAUAACCUUGCAACACAAACAAGAGUUCAAUAACAAGCUUAUAGAUAUAUUAUUUUUAAAUCUUUCAGUGCUUUUCAAUAACGCGCGAAUUGGAUGCUUUUUGAGCUGCAGUGAAGCCAAUUUGACCCGACUCUCAUUGUUUGUAAAGCACGGCUCUUUGAGUUACCUUCACGUAAUUGUAUCAUCUAGCUCAUUUUUCUUUUCAAAAAUGAGAGGGAUGUAUGUACAACAAUAUUAUAUCAUAGUGGCUAAAACGGUUUGUAAAUAAAAACCUUACACAUACACAUAAACUGAUGACCUAUCUAUUUAUCAAUGUUGACUUGGAAUCAUAGUGUGCGUUUGUGCUUAAAAAGAGUGUAUGUCACCGAGAAGUAGUCAUAGAUGUUACAAGAAAUAUCUCUGUCUAUUGUUUCUGCUAAAUUUUCCUAUAUUCCGAUACGUUUUGUGAAUAAUGAAUUUGUAUGCCAAAGAUAACAACGACAAUGUGAAGAAAAAUUUUUAAAUAAAAGAUGUAGAAUACUCAAAAAAA